AUGGUGGUACUAGACCAUGUUGCAAAUGGCUACCGAGACAUCAUUUUACCGCUAGCUUGCGACCAUGAUCUAUUACGUCGAGCAGUAGGUGUUGUUGCUGCUCAGCACUUCGCUCUUUCCCACCCAGACUACCAAGGCGCCGUGGACCAAGGCCGUGCAGCUAUUAUCUCCCAGCUCCGCCAGGAUGCGUUCCAAGCUUCGCCCGAUCAUGUUUUCAAUCAAGGCACCUGGGCAACUAUUAUUGUCCUAUUGGUCGGAGAAACAAUCACGGGUAGCUCCGAAUAUGGUCACCUACUACAAACUCUUCUGUGCCUGUUCCAGAAUGUUGGGCAUAUAAACUCUUCCACAAAACGUUUUUUGACUCAACAAACGCAUAUGUUUGAGUUCCUAGGCCAGCCAUUAUUAGGAGAGGCCCAGGGAAUUAACGCCCUUCGCCUGCCGCUUGAGAAUUAUCUUGAUUGGAUCUGUUAUGACCUUCCUAUGGAUUCGGAAGACAGUAAACUCCUUCUUAGAUUACGGAUGGCCUUCAUCAAAGCGUCACAUAUUUACCUCGGUCGCGCAUCCUCUGAUGAGGAUCAGUGGCAGCUCGUCGAAAACCUGAAACAGCUUGUUAGUCAGAUUGAUCCUGAACGAGUCGGUGCUCACGCCCUAGUGUGGGUGUGCUUUAUCGGUGCUGCGGAUUCUACCGAUCCUGAACAUCGCAAGUUCUUCACAAGUCGGUUGCAGCAAGUUUUUGUGAAAACCAGGUUCAACAACAUCACCUCCGCUCUAAACUCGCUGCCGGGUAUUUGGCGCCAGAAAGGGUCUUGGACGCGAAACCUGACCCUAACAGCACCAACAUUGAUCAUGUAA